AACAUUUGAUUAAUGCAAAUUUCUUUCUUUUCGGACCAUGAAUUACAAGCACAGCAUCAUCAACGGUCAUUGCAAGGAGAGCUACUGCAAUCCCUGCGGUUUUUCCUCUUGGUAAAUGCGUUCUGGGCGUGACAAAAGAUGGUCUUCCAAAUCAGCCGGAAUCCCCACACAUCUAUUGUACAAUGAGCGUCUGAUAGCCCACCAGCGUACAUAAAUAGAAAAUACAUAACGUGGCGAGGAACUUGUAUUUGAAGAUGAUGAGUACACAACGUUGGAGAGCAUCGAUUUGCAAUCUGAAUAAGGCUAUUGUUGCAGAACAAAACGCCGCAAGCACUGCUGUUCUUGCUAAAUAUAUGUAUACCAGCAGUACUGGUCAAAGCCGUCGGUGCAAUGAUUUCGAUAUCUGGACAAACGCCAUCUCCUCAUAAUUCCAACAGCUUGCCGACACCUCAGCUAUUUCAACUAUUUCAACUAAAGCACGUGAUGUAGUAUCUAGUUAAAAUCUAUGACAGAUUAGCUGUUACAAUUACUCCUAUAAUUUUUAUCAGUCACGCAUGAUAACAGGUUGUAAAGUUUUUGGAAUCGAAGAAACUACUCGAAGAAGACGAUGGCCGCAAAACUAUGUAGGCUGAUGAAACAUCUUCUGGUAUGCCUUUGACGAUCGUUAGUCAGACGGAGGCUUCACAUAUGAUAUUUUAGUCAUGGCUGGAGUUCGUUAGCGGACAGAGCACACAUUUACAAAAUAUUUAUCAGGCUGCAGAACGUGAAGGCAUAUUCAAUUCCGAUUUUAUUGGUCGAUUAUGGAUGGCAAUCGAACUUCAGUUGAGUGGCCAGUGGCUGAAAUGGUAUUCUGUUAUAGCCACCAAUUGUAAUGCUAGCUAGCUCUCGUUGUGUGCAGACGUGUUUUCUUUUUGCUCCGAUAUUUUAUUUAUUCUUUCGUAAUGGCCAACUGCUGUGGCAAAUGUAGUAAAGCGUUUUCGAGAUCUGACGCGAAUUUGGUGCCGUGUAAUGGUUUUAGCCGGAAAACAUUCCAUCGUGCGUGUUGUAAAGGCAUAUCUGAAUACGAUAUGAACUAACCGGCAUUUAAUUUACCUCUGUGAAGACUGUGUUAUCAUGCCGGAGAAACUUUGCAAAGUUCUCGACGAGGUCAUGGGGACCCAAAGGCGUAGUAUUGAGUUAAUAUCUAACGCUUUUGAUGCUAAAUUCAAAGAUCUUUCUAUUCAAGUUGAUGCAUUAAAAAAUCUUAUUUUAUCUUUGCAUUCCACCAACAAUUUGAAUGCAAGCAAUUUAAAUGCUGUUAAUGUGGGUUUGUUGGCUGCUGAGUUUGAUGCUAGUGCUUCGUACAACAACAAUAAUUACUGUUCAUCGCCUGGUGCUGUUGUGGCUCCCGCUGCCCCUCUUUCGUUUGGCUCUAAAAGCGUCUUGUCUGAGCGCACAUCGGCUCAGAGUGUUAACGUCAUCUCUCCCGCUCGCAAAGCUGAUUCUGGCGGGAUUGCUAGUUCUAGUGGCUCUAAAACAGUACGUCAUGUUGACGGCCUCAUGGACACAAAUACUGUCGCAGGUUGCACUGCCAAUUUACUUGCGGGUACUACUACCACCACGAAGCCAACAACACCAUGCACUGCUAAUGUUUCUGUUGCUGCUAAUUCAUCUUUACUCGCUCCUGUAAUUGUGAACAAUAUUUCUUCUGCUGGUUUGCCACCUGUUUCACAACAUAUACCGACUGGUGGUGUUAGUGCUAAAUCUGAAGCUGUUAAUGCUACGGCCGCGGAAGUGCCUAAUCCUCCUUCUCCUACCCGCAGCCCUGUUUGGCUUACUGCUGAGAGUAAAAGGACAAAGCACAUCCAAAAGCGAACUCGCGUGAUGGGAUCAAAUAAUUGUAGUGAUCUUGGAGUAGCUGCCCGCUUUAAGUGGUUGCACCUUUCGUCUUUCGUGCCAACCGUCUCCUGUGAGAAUAUUGUUGAUUAUGUGGUGAGACACGCUGGCAUUGAUAAGCGGCACUUAACCUGCUACAAGUUUGUCAAAAAAGAGUCGAGACUGGAUUCCUUAUCCUAUAUCAAUUUUAAGCUUGGCGUCAGCGAGUUCGAUUGCGAAAAUCUAAUGAGACCAGAGUUGUGGCCAGCUAAUGUUUCUGUUCGGCCGUUCCGUUUUUUUCAUAGAGGGACAAACCAAACUCAUCCGAAUUAGUUCAUUUGUCCUCGGAUGCGCCUGAUCCCGUAGUAUUGGAUAUUAAUAAGUUUUGUUGUAAUGCAUAUUUAAAUGUUAAUAGGCAGAUAUAUAAUUAUAGCUCUUUGAAGGUUUAUUUCCAGAAUAUUUCAGGCCUUCGAACAAAAUCAGCAGCGGUACGCUCUAUUAGCUCGCAAAGGGAUUUCGAUGUCGAUUCUUAUUGCGAUUCAGCGUAAAUUUCAUUCGUUCUCUGUCUCGCUUGAAAAUGAUGAUUCCCUUUUGGAUCAGCUUUGUGUUCGCAUCAGUGCCUCAUCUAGUCAUGACUCUCUGUUUUUGAUUGUUUCUUAUAUCCCGCCUAAUAGUAAUUAUAAUCUUUAUAAAGCGCAUGCUGACAACAUAAUGUCUUUAGUAUUAAAUAAGCUAGGAGAUGACCACCUUUGUGUGUUAGGCGAUUUUAAUCUUUGUAAUGUAUCUUGGUCCACAUCUUUUUCCAAUGCUGGUCUCUCGCCAAUUAAUGUCAAUGCGUCCCAUGAAGUGUACUUUAUAGAUAGCCUCUUAAGCCUUAAUUUAUUACAAAUCAAUAAUUUUGUUAACAAGUUGGAUAGAAUUCUUGACCUCAUAUUUAUUAGUGAUAAUAUUAAAUGUAACAUUGAAGUUUGCCACAAUCCGAUCACUCCAUCUAAUAUGCAUCAUGUUCCUCUGCUUCUUAAAUUUGAAUUUUAUGUAUUCCCGUCUUUCAAUGCUGGUGACAAACCUAAGUUUAAUUAUGCAGCCUGCGAUUAUCCCAAGUUAAAUAGAUUACUGGGUGAAUUAAAUUGGGAAAGCUUACUCUCUUGCCCCGAUGUAGCUAAAUGCUUCGCUACUUUCAAAUCUGUAAUUUCUGAUUUUUGUUUUAAAUUCAUUCCAUUAAUUAGAAAAAGACCCUAUAAAUUACCGUGGUAUAAUCGUGACUUGAAAAAACUUAAGAAUCUUAGAAACAAAUUUUAUAAUAAGUUUAAGGCCUCUGGAAGUCAGUUUUUCUUUGAAAAAUAUCAGGUCCAUCUUAAAAAGUUUAACUGCUUGAAUAAAUUCCUGUACAGAAAUUAUAUCUUAGGUAUUGAAUCCAAUAUCAAAGAAGAUCCGAAAUCAUUCUGGCAUUUUACUAAGUCUAAGAAGAACAACUCUAGUAUUCCCUCAGCUGUAUUUUUUGAAGAUAAAUGUGCCUCCACUCCAGCUGACGUUGCAAAUCUAUUUGCUGCAUUUUUUAGUUCUAAUUUUGUAGAUGAUUACCCUACUGUGGAUUCUAGUUUCUCUGCUAGUGUGAAUUCUACUAAUUUUGGCUCCCUUAGACUUUCGUCUGACGAUAUUGCUAAUGGAAUUUUAAAUCUAACAGCUUCUGCAAAACAAGAUAUUGAUGGGCUCUCUUCAAACUUUAUAAAGAAGUGUCCUGCUUUGAUUUCUCCUUUAAAAAUUAUUUUCAAUAGGUCUCUAGCCUCCGGUAUUUUUUAUGAUGAAUUGAAAUUGACUUCAAUUACCCCUAUUCUUAAAAGUGGCAGCAAAAGUGAUGUCUGUAAUUACAGACCCAUUUCGAAACUUUCAACAAUUUCCAAACUUUUUGAAGUUAUCGUCAAGGAGAAAAUGUAUUUCGCGACAAAAAGUCUAGUCUCACCCAAUCAACAUGGUUUCGUCCCCAACCGAUCCACGGUUACUAAUCUAGGCGUCUUUAGUGAGUAUUGUA